UAUUAUUUUUUCGUACGCAAGCAGAACAAACCCGAACUUAAAUACACUUGCAUUAACCCCCAAACUCAUCUUCCCGUCACUCGUCUGUUCUUCGUAAGGAUGGGCAGAAAAAAACAGAAGAGACCGCAUAGAUCAGUUGGUGUUACACAUGUUAAUAAUUUAUCCCAAGAAUCGAAACUCGAAAGUGGUAAUUUAAACGAGGAUAGCAAAAUUGAGGAGCCUGAUGUUCCUUUUCUGGUUCAAGUUGAUAGAAGUAGUUGGAAUUCUGCUGAGCAUUACGAUAUAGCGGAAAUUGUUUUGACUGAUUUGGAAAUUAGUGAACCGUUUUGUGGAUAUGUUUUGAGUGAGGAUUUUUAUAGGGACUCGAAGUAUUCUGUACGGUUUAGGUUGAUGAAUGUUAGUGGUUAUGUUGGGAGGAUAAAAUUAGGUCAUUGGCCGGUUUUUUCGGGUAGUGAUAUGUAUAUCGAGUUGGUGGAGAAGAGGGUUUUGGAUGACGGUGAAACAGAUGUUGUGUUGGUUACGGGUAGGUUUGACGGACCGGAGGAGGGUGUUUCAGGGCUUGUACAUUUAGCUAGUCUUGGUAUCUUGACGUUGAGACCGGUUGUGGGAGUUACUUUAUCCGAGAGCGGUUUGAGUUUGAGGAUGAGAGUGGGGAUAUUGAAGAGUGCAUUUGAUGCGUGUGAGUCGCUAUUUGAUAAUACAAGGGGACUUUGGAGAAGAAGUAUGAUGAGGAUUAUGGCGUGGCUGCGUCCAGAAGUUAUAACCUCGGAGUCUAGAUAUGGAUGUAGUGCAAAGGUAGAUGUGGAGAAUGGGUUACCUAUGGAGACGGAUGGAAGUUCUGCUGACUUGCAAAAGCGGAAGAAGUUCAAUGCUGCUGGCUUCUAUGAGGCAAUCAAACCAUCUAAAGAGUAUCCGAUGCUGGAUGACAUGCCUGACUUGCUGCCCAAGCUUAGACCAUACCAGCGGCGCGCAGCUUACUGGAUGGUACAACGUGAGAAAGGGGGCUCUGAAAUUUGGGGCGAGAAAGAACGUGAUCAGUUCGUUUAUCCACUAUGUACGCCUGUUAAUCUAAUCGACUCUUGUUCAACAAUGUUUUACAAUUCAUUUAGCGGAAGUGUUUCAUUGCAUCAAGAUUAUGAAGUCCCAUAUGUCUCUGGUGGCAUUCUUGCAGAUGAGAUGGGUCUCGGGAAAACCGUUGAAGUGCUUGCUUGUAUCUUUGCUCAUCGGGAGUCGGCAUCUGGAGAUGGCCAUAUGACUAAUGACGUAAUGCAAGUUUCUCAAGAUCAAAACAUUAAUAUCAAAAGAAUAAAAAAAGAGCGCGUUGAAUGUGUAUGUGGAGCUGUAAGUGAGAGUUCGAAGUAUGAUGGCUUGUGGGUCCAAUGUGAUAUUUGUGAUGCUUGGCAGCAUGCAGAUUGUGUUGGCUAUUUAACUGAUCGCUCACAAAAUAUCAACAGAAGCAAGAGAGAUUCUGAAAUUGUUGUGGAGGAUGGAGCUCAUAUCUGCCAGAUAUGCUCGGAACUCAUCCUAGCUGCUGGCUCGCCAAUCACUACUGGCGCCACUCUUAUAGUGUGCCCUGCUCCUAUACUACCACAGUGGCAUUCUGAGAUUCUCCGUCAUACGAGGUCAGGAUCCUUGAAAAUAUGUGUUUAUGAAGGCGUGAGAAACACAUCGAUUAAAAAUGCUUCUCUGACAGAUAUUGGCGAACUUCUUAAUGCUGAUAUCGUGUUGACAACAUAUGAUGUGCUUAAAGAUGACUUAUCACAUGACUCUGAUAGGCAUGAAGGGGAUCGUCACUUCAUGAGAUUUCAAAAGAGAUACCCGGUUAUACCAACAAGCCUUACUCGACUACUGUGGUGGAGAAUAUGUUUAGAUGAGGCUCAAAUGGUUGAAAGUAAUGUUGCAGCUGCAACAGAGAUGGCCCUCCGCUUACAUGCUAGAAAUCGUUGGUGCAUCACUGGAACUCCCAUUCAACGCAAGCUUGACGACUUGUAUGGACUCUUGAGAUUCCUCAAAGCGAGUCCUUACGAUGUUAUUAGAUGGUGGACUGAAGUUAUACGGGAUCCAUACGAGAAUGGAGAUGCAGGAGCUAUGGCAUUCACCCACAAUCUCUUUAAGCAUAUAAUGUGGCGCUCUGAAAAACUGCAUAUUUCAGAAGAAUUACAGAUUCCUCCUCAGGAGGAACGCGUGUCUUGGAUUUCUCUCUCGCCAAUUGAAGAGAACUUUUAUCAGAGGCAAUAUGAUACUUGUGUUGGCUAUGCCCGUGAAAUAAUGUUGAGUUUUAAAAAAGACUUUCUUAGAAGGAAUGUUUCAGAUUCCAGGUCAUCUGAUGCUUUAUCUGAUCAUGUCGUUACUCACGUCGAAGCUGCAAAGCUGUUAAAUUCACUCUUGAAGCUUCGCCAGGCAUGCUGUCAUCCUCAAGUGGGAAGUUCAGGUCUUCGCUCCUUGCAGCAGUCUCCCAUGACCAUGGAGGAAAUACUAUCGGUUCUUGUAGGUAAGACGAAGCUAGAAGGGGAAGAAGCCCUUAGGAGAUUAGUUGUUUCGCUCAAUGCGCUUGCAGCAAUAGCUGUAAUUAAGCAAGAUUUUGCACAAUCAGCAUCGUUAUACAGAGAAGCAUUGACAGUAAUUGAAGAGCAUUCUGAAGAUUUUCGUGUGGACCCUUUGUUAAACAUACAUCUUCAUCAUAAUCUGGCUGAGAUACUUCCUUUGACCACAGAUUUCAUAAAUGAGUUUCACUCUGAUUGUAAGUGCCUUGAAACCGCUGAAUGCAAGGUUGAGGAGAUGCUCGAUGAAGCUUGUCAUGAGCCAGCUACAAAGAAGGUGAAACUCAGUAAAGAAAAGUCCUCAGAUAUAACUGUGUGCAGCUUGGCAAGCAACCGAUGUUUAAGAUUGACAAGUGAUAAUUUAAAAAAGAAAUUCUUGUCUGUAUUCAAUUCGAAGCUGUCUCUUGCUCAGGCAGAAUUCAGAAAGUCAUAUGUUCAGGUUAAUGAUAUUCUUACCGAGCGAAAGAAUAAACAUAUGACAUGGUGGUUAGAUACCCUACAUUGCGUUGAGCAAAAUAAGGAAACCUCCAGUGAGCUUAUCAGAAAGAUUGGAGAAGCCAUCUCUGGGACACUGAACACUUCCAAGACAUCAAAAAUAUCAUCCUGCUUUCAGAGCAUUACAGCUCUUAAGUAUUACCUACAGACCACAUUAGAUUCAUUAGAAGACUCUAGAAGAUCUUUGCUUGAUGGACUUAUGGAAAUCGACAACAGAAUGGAAAAUCCUAGAGUGGAGGAUAUUGAGCGUGUGAGAUACUGCCCAAAUUGCUAUUCUGGUGAUGGUAUUAUGUGUGUUCAUUGCGAACUAGAUGAACUAUUUCAGGUUUACGAGGCGAGGCUCUUCCGUCUUAAUAAAAGAAAGAACGGAGGGUUAAUUACAUCGGCUGAGGAGGCGGUAGAACAGCAGAAGAAGAAGUCUGCUUUGAAUCAGUUCUAUUGGAAGCUUUCACAGGCUGGCAAAAGCUCAACUUCAGCCACUGUCAGAACUGAAGAUGAUGGCAAGAAGAGAGAUGCAGGGGAGAAAGUAGUGGUUACAAGAUCUUCCUCUGAUGUGGAAGUAAUUCUUGGGAUAAUGAAGAGCUACUCCAAGGCUUUGUUGGGCAGAGAGGUUAUGGCAACAGCCACCAAGCAUCUGUUGCUUCUAGAGGGAAUGCGCAAGGAGUAUGUGCAAGCAAGGUCUUUGGCAACUGCCCAAGCUCAAGUUCUGCGUGCUCAUGAUGAAAUAAAGAUGGCCACUUCAAGAUUGCGGCUAAGAGAAAACGAGGAUGAUAUAUCUGUUGAUGCACUAACUCCAGCAGACUUGGAUCCAGCAAACGUUGAAUAUACUAGUGAGAAAUUUGUGGCCUUGUCAACAUUGUCUCGCGUAAAAGGCCAGCUUCGCUAUUUAAAGGGCCUGGUACAGUCAAAACAAAUCAGGAAAACUUCGUCUCUAUCUCAUGAUAAGGAUGCCUCUGUUAAUGCUACGGAAAAUGCUUGCUUAACUGAAGAUAGUGAAGAGAUGUGCCCAGUUUGUCAAGAGAAGCUCAGCAAUCGGAAGAUGGUUUUUCAAUGUGGACACAUCACUUGCUGUAAAUGUUUAUUUGCAAUGAUUGAUCGAAGAAGGACUCAGUGCGGAGGUUUUCAGUGUACAUGGGUACAUUGCCCAACAUGUCGAAUACGCACGGACUUUGGAAAUAUUGCUUUUGUUGAUGAUGGCCAACAAAUUUCAUCUGUGCAAACUUCAGAGAACUCUCCGGAAGAUUCUAUAAAUGUUCAAGGUUCUUAUAGUACUAAGGUUGAAGCUGUCACAAAAAGAAUUUUGUGGAUCAAAUCCACAACUCCAGAAGCCAAAGUUCUUGUUUUCUCUAGUUGGAAUGAUGUCCUGGACGUUUUGCAACAUGCCUUCACGGCAAACAAUAUAAAUUUUAUCAGGAUGCAAGGAGGCAGGAGGUCUCAUAUUGCUAUUAGGCGCUUCAGAGGAGAUAAAAAUUCUCUAAAAGGAAGUGCUCUGCAAGACUGUCAGCCAGAAAUUGAAACAAUUCAGGUGUUACUGAUAUUAGUUCAGCAUGGAGCGAAUGGCCUUAAUUUGUUGGAAGCACAGCAUGUAAUUCUCGUAGAGCCACUACUUAAUCCUGCAGCUGAAUUACAAGCAAUCAGCCGGGUGCAUCGUAUUGGACAAGAGAAUAAAACAAUUGUUCAUCGUUUCAUAGUGCAAAACACAGUUGAAGAGAGCAUAUAUAAGUUAAACAAAAGCAGGACGAGUUCAUCAUACAUUAGUGCAAACAAAAAGAAUAUUGAUCAGCCUGUACUGACCCUUAAAGAUUUGGAAUCCUUGUUUAGAGUUGCAACUUCCAGUGAAGAUCCUGAAUUAAUUGAAGAACAAAGUGGGAGCUUAAGUCAUCUUCCGCCAUCUUUAGCUGCUGCUGUGGCUGCUGAGAGGAGACUAAUGGAACGAUCAUCUUAAAAACCCGGAUUGGUACUUCUCUACUUCUGCCUUUGUGCAUUCAGUUAGCUAACCUAGUUUGAAGUCGUGAAAGAAUGAAGAUGGCUUCAGUUAGCUCACCUAGUUUGAAGUCGUGAAAGAAUGAAGAUGGCGCAAGGUUUUACAGACAGAAAAAGAAGUGAGGUGGAUAGAUAGUAUAAUUAAUGUACACCAAGUUUACUUGUACAGAGGAUGAUUAGCAUUUUAUCCUUUGGAUCCUUUAGGAUAGGUUGUAAAUUAAUAGUACUUCUACAUAAGGAUGGUUAGUAUUGCAUACAUUUAUGAAUCAACUAUAGGUUUUUCUUAAUUAUAAAUGUUCCUGAAUAGAAGUUAUAUUUGGAGACAUUUUCGUA